GGCUUCACUGGGAAGGCCCCUGGCGCCAUGAUGUGGUUGGAAAAGGCUAAAUCUGGGGUUCGGUACGCGUGAUUUGAGAUUCUCCUUUCCCGUAAAGAUGAACCAUCCUCAGCUUAUCACUUUCACACGGGCCCGGGAGAAAUCGGAUUUCUGGGAAAAUGGCGAGCACAGUAGGAAGAGGGCUUUUAGAGCGUUGGAGAGCGCCACCACGGGAGAAGAGGCGAGGAACUUCUAUGAAAGUCUUCUGUCAACUAAAGUAGAGUCAUCAGCAUCCAAAAGGCCCACCAAGAAACGCAUAGUUAUUAAGUCUUCAUCUAAUGAAGAGCCUCCCAGGACUGGUUCCCAGGGUAGAUCUGCCGCGUGUGACCACAGACUGGGGCACCAGCUCCUCAAAUGUUCCCAAGAUGGAGACCUCAAAGGCUUGAAGCGAAUAGUGGAAAUAGAGAGGUGCGACAUCAACUACCGGGACGGUUAUUAUUGGACGGCUUUAAUGUGCGCUGCGUGUGGCGGCCGAAAAGAGGUCGUCGGCUACUUAUUGAAGAGAGGAGCGGCUUGGAUUGGUGUGUGUGAGACGCAGGGUAAAGAUGCCUUGAUGUUGGCACAAGAGAGCGGGCAUCAUGAUAUUGUUCAGCUCUUAGAAGAAUCCCUGAGAAGUCAUCCAGAAGAAAGAACCCCAAGAAUAACCACCCCGGAGACAAAACACUGUGAAAUUUGUAAGACGCGCUACCAAGAGGACAGCGUGGAAACUCACAUGCGCUCCACGAUCCACCUUUUCAAUAUGAAAAAGAAACUGCCCCCUACUUACUAUGCCAUCCCGGAGCACAACGUGGGCUUUAAGAUGUUACUGAAGGAAGGCUGGAACAGAGAGUCCGGUCUGGGGCCGGAAGGGACGGGUAGGAAAUUCCCAGUCCAGACUGUUCUCAAGAGAGACCAGAAGGGCCUUGGCUUUCAGACGGACCAGAAGCCCAAGGUCACUCACUUUUCUGCUAAUGACACCGAGGCGGUGACCAGACCGGAGACGAAGCCCAGAAGGACGCAGAGAAUAGCCACGCUCAGCCGGAAAGAAGAAAAGAGGAAAGAAGCUCGGGAGAAAACAUGGGAGCGGAAUCUGAGAACUUACAUGAACAUCGACCUCUAGCUUUUCUAUUUCUUUCUUGGCUUUUAUUUCUUCCUGCGUGAAUAGAGAGGCUGCUUUUUAGGAAUCAUGGAACAGACGGGGUCUCUUCUACCUCCACAUUAAUAUCUAUAGGGUUCUAGAGCAGCUGAUUGUAAGACAGGACGAGACAUUGUGCUUUAAACCAAAACAUGUCCUCUCCAGACUGUAUGAAUUUAUCUUAUUGUGAUAUAAAUGUCUGUCUAAAAAGGGAA